CUCAUCAGAUUGGGGAAAGAAGGAAAAUGGGAUAUGGGGUUACGAACGGAGCAACGAAAUCAGAUGGCGAGAAGGAAGCUCGCAGGCGCGCGGCUGCUACUACAGACGUCCCGGCCGAUCACGAAGAGGGAGGCGGCUCCAGUGCUUGGCCGAACCGAAGGAAGAGAAGAGACGAAAGCAGCGAGGCUCCCUCUUUCUCGUCCGGCGAUUGCAGACCCAUCGCACCCGAGUGGCGUGCUCCGUCGGUCGACUAGACCGAAGAAGGACAUGGGCAGAAGCAGCUCGGUGAUGGCGGUAGUUUGCUAGCGGUGGUAGCCUCCUGUCACCGUUCCUCCUCCUGUUGCGAGAAUGAGAUAGGGGAAAGGAGGUGGGUCUGUGGUGGUUGGAACUCACAAUAGCAGCGGCGGUGGAGGUGAGUGGAUGGGUAGCGGUUGAAGGAGGAAGCACCACCGGUGCCUUGGUCGGUCGAGGAACGAAGAUACAAGCAGCGGGUGGCUGUUGUUGCCGACAACAGUGGUGAGAGGGGCUGCUCCGGCAGUUUCCUCGUCGGUUCCAGCAGCGGUGUCCAAAGGGAUGGUGCGUGGGUGAGGUACGAGAGGCAGAAGAGGUCCGAUGGAUGUCCGGUUGGCAGCCAACAAUCACGAUGUUCCCCCAUUGUUUUGGCAAUUCCGGUCAACAAUAGGAAAAAAAAAAAGGAAAGACGAAGAAGAAACGGGCUACUGCCCUCUUAGGUAGUUCUUGGCAGCAACCGAAGGAGGAGAAGAAAAUCAAUAGAAUUUUUUGUGGUGUUGUUCCUAGUUGAAAGGGAUAAUGUCAUAAAAAGCCUUAAUUUUGUAAAAAAAAGUCGGUUUUACCCUUCGACAGGUUUUUGUGUCAUUAAUGCCGCAUACUUGUCUCACCUUUUGCGUUUAUGCCAAAUACCCGGUUGCAAGAGGGUUUACCGGUUACCCCUCUACUUACCCCUCAACUUUUCCAACCGUUUCUUAACUAAUGAAGAAAUUAACCCCGUUUGGUAAACGUUAGACAUAGAGCUCCACACCCUCUCUCCGAAGCGUCAACUCAAUCGCAGUCAAUCGUAGUCUACUGAGAAAAAUCUUGGGCUUUUGGAAGGGAAUCAUCACGAAAUUUGGGUAUUUGAAGAGGAUUAGGUCUACAUUGUUGGUAUCGUUGUUCUAGCAGGAAGAUAGUUGGGUGAUAGUCUCGUUGAGUUGUUGAACCAGUAACUGUAAUGGCUUCAUCGGAUGACGUUUUCAAAGAACUAUUUGCUAGUAUAUACGAGCCCUUCUCUGGACUAAAUGAGAUGGAUUAUGAGCUCCAUGGUAUUUAUAUGGAUCACGAACCAGAGCAUGAGUUCGUGACUGCGCUUGAUAAAUGUAGGGACGUCUUUCUCAAUGUUCUACUUAGUGAUGAAAACUUAAGGAAUUCAAGCAUGGCUGAUGAAAUCAGAGCACAAGUUUAUCAUGCUAAUGAAUGGCAAAGUGAUGAAGAAGGUGAACAAGAGGCGGUGAAGAAUAAGUACAAAAUUCAUGAUCCAAACACACCAUGGGAUAAGAUGGAACCUAAGGUAGGUGAUAUGUUUGAGUCUCCUGCACAACUUAAGUUUUGUAUUCAAAAUUAUGGGGUGUCAAAUGGAUAUCAGAUAUACUUUGAAAAAUGUGAUAAAACUAGACUAGUUGCAAGAUGUGGGAAGAGGACAGAGAUGAAUGAUUGUCCUUUCAGAUUGUAUGCUGGAUGGAUGUACAAUGAAAAAUCAUUUCAAGUUAAAAAUUUGGUUGGAGAGCAUCGUUGCAGUAGGAAGUUCAAAUUUGGAAGUCUUGUUUCCCCUGAAUAGAUAGGUAGGCAUUACAUUACUGAAAUUUCAAACACACCUAAGAUGAAACUUAGGGACAUGAUUGCCGAUAUCAAACAAAGGUUGAGAUGUGUAGUAUCCAUUGGGCAAGUCCGUAGGGCAAAAAAAUGGGCCACUGAGUUGAUUGAAGGAAAACUAACUGAACAUUAUGCUAGGGUAUGGGAUUAUGCUGAUGAAUUAUUAAGGUCCAACCCAGGUUCAACAUGCAAAGUUAGUGUCACUGUCAAUCCAGAUGGGAAGAACUACUUCCACAGAUUUUACAUUGGUUUCAAAGCUUUAAGUGAUGGAUGGAAAUUAGGGUGUAGAAGAGUAAUUGGUUUGGAUGGAUGCUUCCUGAAAGGAUAGGUGAAGGGUGAGUUGUUGACUGCCAUUGGUAGAGAUGCUAAUAACCAGGUGUAUCCUAUAGCAUGGGCUGUUGUUGAUGUUGAAAACAAGCCUAACUGGACUUGGUUUAUUGAGCUUCUUAGAGAUAGUGUAGACCUUCAUGAUGGCAGAGGAUUGGUGGUGAUAUCUGACCAACAUAAGGGAUUGGUUGAAGCUGUAAAAGAUAUACUCCCAAAUGUUGAGCACAGGCAAUGUGCCAGGCAUGUUUAUGCCAAUUUCAAGAAAGCAUACACAGGGUUGGAGUUCAAGAAAUUAUUUUGGGCUGCAUCAAUGAGUUGUGUAGAAAGUGACUUUAUGAGGCACAUGGAAACCAUCAAGAAGUUGAGCCCAUCUGCAUAUGAGUACUUGAUGUCAAGACAACCAAAAACAUGGUGUAGAGCUUACUUUGAUAGGGGUUAUGCGUGUGAAGCAGUUGAGAAUGGAAUCUCUAAGUGUUUCAACUCAAUCAUUGUUGAUGCUAGGAAAAAGCCCCUUAUCACAAUGCUUGAGGAGAUCAGGAUAUAUAUAAUGGACAGGUUUUCCCACAUGAUAGAGGAAAAUGUUAAAUGGAAAUCAAAUGUUUGUCCUGCUAUACUUAGGAAAAUGCAGUUGUUUGGGAAAAAUAUGAGGUUAUGGGUUGUAGUUCAUAGUCAAGGACAUGUUUUUGAAGCUAGAAGAGGAUGUGACAGCUAUAUGGUGGACUUGGACAGCAGGACUUGCAGUUGCAGAUUAUGGGAUUUGUCUGGGAUCCCAUGUGUACAUGCAAAUGCAGUCAUCAACUACAUCAAUCAAACACCAGAUGUAUAUAUUGAUGGGUACUUUUCAAAGGAAAAUUUUAAAAAGUCUUACUCCUCUAAUAUAAAACCAGUGAAUGGGAGUAAUCUUUGGAGCCAAACUGGAUUCAUAAAGCCAUUGCCUCCUUUGGCUAGGAGAAUGCCAGGUAGGCCUACUACCAAAAGGAAGAGGCAUGCUAGUGAGCAAGAGGGGAGGUUUUCAUCAACAAGGGUAUUUGUACCAAGAACAGUAAGAUGUGGGAAAUGCUUAGAGUAUGGCCAUAAUCAAAAAAGUUGUAAGAAUGAGAAAAAACCAGUAGUACCCUUGCUACCAAAGAAAAGAGGCAGACCAAGGAAACAUCCAUUGUUAACUAAAUAUGAUGAGUCAUUAAGAGCUUCUCAAUCCAGUCAGCCUCCAAUGCAGAAAAACAAGUCAAAGAAAGAAGCAUCAAGUUCCAAGGUUUUAAAAGCCUCAAGGUCCAAAAAAGAAGCAACUGAAUUUGAUGAAUCAUUAAGAGCUUCUAAAUCCAGUCAGCCUCUAAAGAAGAAAAACAAGUCAAAGAAAGAAGCAUCAAGUUCCAAGGUUUUAAAAGCAUCAAGGUCCAAAAAUGAGGCUACUUCACCUCAUAAAGAAGAUGUUUCUGCAACUCAAAAAGAAGUUGUUGAUGGUAUUCAGAUUGGGGAAGGUGAUGGAAUUCAGAAUGAGGAUCAUGGUGAUAGUAUUGAGCCUGGGGAUCAUGGUGAUGAUAUUCAGAUUGGGGAAGGUGGUGGUAUUGAGACUGGGGGUCAUGGUGAUGAUAUUCAGACUGGGGAUGUUAAUGAUGUUAUUGUUGAAGAUUGUCAUAUUGUUGAAGAAGUAGAAGUGGUUGAUGUUGGAAAAGAAGAUGUUUUGCUUCCAAGGGUUGGUUUAGAUCUACACAAAGUGCUUGAUGAGGUUGAGCAGGGGCUGGACGAAAUAUUAGGGGAGGGUAGUUUUCAACAACAAUCAGAAACCUAUGAUGCUACUCAAUCAGAUUAUGAGGGUAAUGUUGAGUUUAAUGAUGGAAAAGCUGAUGGUGUCCUUGUAGAUAAGGUAAAACUGGAUGCUGAACAGAUUGCAUCGAUGUUGGAAGCAGGAUAUAGCAUGGGAGAAAUUGAAGGUAUGGAAGGGGUAGAACUGGAACUGGAUGACAUGCUACCUGUUGAGCUGGAUAUGGAAGAUGUAUUGGAUCAUCCUUCUGAUAAUGAUGAUGAGGCUGUUAUUGAUGAUGUUGAUGGUAUUGUUGAUGGUGGUGGUGAAUAAGAAGAAGGAGGUGAUGAUGGUCACUUGGGUGAUGAUGAAGGUGAACAAGAAGAAAGAGGUGAUGAUGAAGGUCCUGAUGAUGUCCCUAGAUUGACAAGGUUGAGAAAACCCUCUGAAAGGAUCAUUUUGCAGAAGUUGAAGAAGACGGUGCUUGACAAAAAUGGAGGUGGUUCAUCUGCUAGCAAUCCAAUUAGGUUGGAGUAGUUGGUUAAGUGUUUUGGGGGUGUAGUGGGGAGGGUAAACACGGGCAGAUGGAGCCCUUUUUGCUAAAUAUUAUUAUCAUUCCACCCACUAAAUGCAUCAUACAUCCACUUGUUUUAUGUUAUAAACUUGGUUGCCUUUUUGAUAAUUUAUUUAGGUUUUUGGAUACAAUUGGAUGGCUGCUACGUAUUAGUGAGAUGUAAAAAACCUUAUGCAAUUAAUACACCCCCUUUUAUUUGUGUUA